AAGGUGCUGGGGCAGGGGCUGUUGCCAGCAGGCAGGGCUGGGCGUCCCCUUAAGUUGCUGGGUGAACAGGGUGGAGAAGUGGCCCUCAGCCUGGCCGGGAGGCAGCACUGCUAACCCCCACAGCUGCAGCUGCAGCCCUCCAGCUUCUGGAAGCAGACACCCCCGCCUCCACACUUCCAGGAGAUUCAGGAGAGGGCCUCCAGGGCGUGGCUUGCCCAGGAACUGCAUGGAGGGGAUAUCCAGCUGGAGGACAGGACCCCAGGGAGGACUCCCUCUAGGGAUGGACUCCGGGAGCUCCCGGCCGGGGGAGCAGGACCCGACCGAGGCAGGGGCAGAGCGGGAACUGCGGUGGGUGGAGCUGAGCUCAGAGGAGGCCCUGGGAGCCCAGACAGAGGGGCCCAGCGCCCCACGAGCCUGGGGGCCCCUGCUGCAAGCCGUGUGGAGGGGUCACCCGGGCCUGGUGACAAAGCUGCUGCGUCAAGGGGCCAGUGUGGAGGAGAGGGACCGCGCAGGCAGGACCCCGCUCCACCUGGCCGUGCUGCGCGGCCACGUGCCCCUGGUGCGCCUGCUGCUGCAGCGCGGGGCCGCCGUGGGAGCCGCCGACCGCGCGGGGCGCACCCCGCUGCACGAGGCCGCCUGGCACGGCCACUCGCGGGUGGCGGAGCUGCUGCUGCAGCGCGGGGCCCCGGCCGCGGCGCGCUCGGCCGGCCUCACGCCGCUGCACUUGCCGCCGCGCUGGCCGUACGCUGCUGUCCGUUCCUGUUGGCGCGCCUCCCGUGCCCCCUCGCGGCGGACCUCGCGCGGCUGGACGGCGGCGCCCUGGGCGGUCCGCUGGCGCCUCUUCCGGUGCUGAGCUCUUCUCUUUCGGCGGCGGCGCGGCCCGGACGGCGCCCUCUGUUUCUUCCGCGGCGCGGGGCGCGGUGCGUCUCUGUCGCCUCUCCUGGCGCGCGGGGCCCUUUGUACCCCGGACAGCGCGGGGGCCACAGCGCUCGGCAUCGCGGCGAGCCUGGGCCGCACGCAGGACAUGGAGGUGCUGCUUGACCGUGGGGCAGAUCCCAGCCUCAAGGACAGGCACAGUCGCUCUGCACUCCACAGGGCUGCUGCUGGUGGACACCUGCCCGCUGUCCAGCUGCUAGUGGCCUGGGGAGCGGAGCUGGAUGCUGGAGACUCACUGGGCCUCACACCACUGCACCACGCCGCUCGGGGAGGCCAUGCAGAGGUUGCCAGCCACCUCCUAGACAGGGGAGCGCAGGUCAAUGCUGCUGGGUGGCUCCACAAGACCCCCCUUCACCUUGCCAUGGAGCACGGCCACGGCCCCACCGCAGAGCUCCUGCUGAGCCGAGGGGCUAGCCCCACCUUGAGGACACAGUGGGGUGAGGUGGUCCGGGACCUGGUGUCCGAGGGGGCCUGCCCCAGGCGCUGCUCACCCUUUGCAGAGAGUAGGAGUGGGAGGGGCACAUAGCCCCAGAGGCCCUG